GGCCGCACGAUGAAGAUGGCAUGCGGAUCCGGCCGUUGAAUAUUUACAAAAAUUGAAUUUCAAAAGCUUUGGUAGAGAGAGGGAGCAGAGCAAGCAAGAGGGGAGGGCGAAGCCGAACAUCAAAAAGGUCCCUUCACUUCUCUUUCUCUCUCUUUCUCUCUCCAUUUCUCAUCUCUUGGUUGAGUUGAGUUCAGCUUCAGCACUUAUCUUCCCCUCUUCUUUGUGCGGUUCCCUCAACCGCUCUCUGAGUCUCUGUCUCUUUCUGUGUGGUUCCUCGGGUUCUGCGUUGCUAUCCGGAUCCAAGUCACUUGAAUUGUGCCCACUAUUCUUCGAGCUUGGGGUCUUGGCUACCGAGCUGCUCAAUCGCGUGUAUUUUUGCGCUUUAUUUAUUUUUCGAGACUUUGGAAUGGGUUUUGGAUCUGGAUGUCAGCCAAUUUCAGCUGAUUUUUGUUGAUUCUGAGGGAAUCAUCGUUGCUCCAACCUCUGCUUUCUUUCUUCUUGAUUAUCCAAGUAUUGAGAAAGGAAUUCGGAACUCCCCGUGAAUUCUUAACAUUUCUAAUUUUUUUUCUUUUAGUAUUUAUAUGUGAUGGGGGAAGGAGAAGGAGGUGAUUGCGCUUUGAGAAAUGUGGCAUCGGAUGCACCUACGGUGCCGGUGCCGGUGCCGCCGUCGGAUAUUCCCGCCAAGAAGCUUGCAAGGCAGCUUGAUUUCACCGGCUUAGCCGGGAUGCCGGGCGGCGCGCCAUUUCCAGAGCACUCGCAGUUGCGGCAGCAACAGCAACAACAGCUUCAGCCGCAAGUGGUGGCACAGUCACAGUCACAGUCACGGUCACAUCCGCAGACAAUGACGCAGCCGAUGCUAAUGAUGCCGAUGCCGCAUCCGCCGCAGGCGCCACGCCUUUCAACGAGGGUUGGUAAAUCAGAAUCUCCAAAACCAAGAUCAAGGACCAAUUUUGAAACAAAAGAAGCUACUCCAAAGAAGCAAAAGCAAUGCAAUUGUAUACACUCAAAGUGCUUAAAGCUAUAUUGUGAAUGUUUUGCAUCGGGAAUAUACUGUGAUGGUUGCAACUGUGUAAAUUGUUACAACAAUGUUGAUAAUGAAGCAGCCAGACGAGAAGCUGUUGGAGCUACCUUAGAACGUAAUCCAAAUGCAUUUAGGCCAAAGAUUGCGAGCAGCCCUCAUGGACCACAUGACAACAGGGAGGAUGCUGGCGAAGUUGUUAUAUUGGGAAAGCACAAUAAGGGAUGUCAUUGUAAAAAGUCUGGUUGCCUCAAGAAGUACUGCGAGUGUUUCCAAGCCAACAUUCUUUGUUCCGAAAAUUGUAAAUGCAUGGAUUGCAAGAAUUUUGAGGGAAGUGAAGAGAGACAAGCAUUGUUCCAUGGAGAUCAAAAUAUCAACAUGACAUAUAUUCAGCAAGCAGCAAAUGCUGCAAUAACUGGUGCUGUCGGUUCCUCUGGCUUUUCAUCACCGCCAGUAUCAAAGAAAAGAAAAGGUCAGGAACUCUCUUUUGUGCCAACAGCCAAGGAUCCAUCCAUUGGAAAGCUAGGAAAACAGGCAAACCAUGUCAAAGGUCCUUUACCCUCCUCCUCCUUUUCUCCUGCCCCUAGUACUCAUGUUGGACCUGCAACAUUAGGUCCUUCAAAAUUUAUAUACAGGUCUGUAUUGGCAGACAUACUACAACCAGAGCACUUGAAGGAGCUUUGUUCAGUCCUAGUGCUACUAUCUGGACAAGCUGCGAAGACAGUAACAGACCAGAAAAAUAUAAUGCACAAACAUAUAGAAGAUCAGACAGAAACUUCCCUUGCUUCUUCAACUCAACAACAGUUACCAAGCCAAACGGGAACUAAUGUUGAGAAAGCUACGUCUGGUGAUUGUUCAAGUGAGAACCGAAUAGAUAAGGUCAGCCCAGAUAAUUCUAGUUCAGACGGUGUUGGUGUCCUCAAAGGGAGGCCAAUGUCUCCUGGAACUUUAGCAUUAAUGUGCGAUGAGCAUGAUACAAUGUUCAUGACUGCUGUCUCUCCUAGUGAGCCAGUUUCUCACACUUGUAACAUAUCUUCUCAAUUGCCUUGUGGACAAAAAAUGACUGAGUUAUAUGCAGAGCAAGAAAAGAUUGUUUUGACAAAGUUCAGAGAUUUUCUUAAUAGAGUUAUCACUAUGGGAGAAAUAAACGAAACAAAAUAUUCUUCAUUAGCCAGAAGUGAAUUGGAGAGUAGGGACCCAGUUGUCAAUGGCACUGAAAAUGCUAGAACUGAGACAGUAGAUGAAGGAGCCACUAAAAUUGGUGUUGCCAAAGCUGUUGUUCAUCCUCUGGCGACAAGUAGGAAUUUGACUAAUUCAAUAUCUUUGGUCCAUAGUAAUCUUGUUCCUGAAAAUGGUGAAAAAGAGGUAUGAAAGGAAUCUAACUUACAAGGAUGAAGGAUGUCCAGAAAAUACCAUUAGAAGUAUUUUGAGGUAUGCUAGAACUUGUGUAAUAUAAAUGUCAUUCUUCUUUUUCUAACUUAGCUUUGUAGGACUGUAGGUGUCAAGCAUACAGGCAGGCCAUUGAUUUUUAACCAGGAUCAAUUUUUGUUUUUAUCAAUUUCUUUCUUUUCUUAUCCAUUCAUAUAUAACUGAAUUAAUUAUUUAAUUAGAAUCAAUAUAGCUUGUGAAUUCCAGACUUUUAA